AUGAACAAGUUCAAUCAUCUCAAUCCAGAGAUCCAUGAAGCCAUCCAUGUUCUUCAGCAGGUCUUCCGAUUUCCAGCUCAGUUGUACUGCGGCAGCGAGGAGGGCGGUGAUGCAUGCUGUUUUGCGCACAUCGUGCAGAAAACGCCGCCAGCAAAAUGGUAUGCUCAGUGCCGACGUCUCGAGGAGACUCUAAAGGGGCGCUUGAAACAACCUUCUGGAAAGAACAUGGCGCCAUUCGAGGUUAUCAGGCAACUCCAGCAAGGCACGGAUGGGUCUCGCCGCUUCACCGAAGAAAUCACAUGGUUGCGACAACACCUCGACCAAGUGUGCCAGCUUGCAAAGUCCCAGCUAACUUCAGCAACCUUGCGGACCACUGAUGCAGAUUUCCUGGAUGUUGUUGCAGUGGCACAGACCUACGCUGAAGUACAUAAAGGGCAAAGACACUUUCGGCCUGUGCAGCUUGCCACUAUCCUGCUCAACGUGAGAGCUUCUGCUGCCAUGUCAUCCGUCCUGAUUGAGAUGAAAACCGGUGAGGGCAAGACCGACAUGUGUGCUGCGGUGGCAGCUGUCCUGGCCAAGAGAGCUCCAAAACAUGCCGUGCACAUUCUCACCUCCAGCAGCGAUCGCGCAAGUGAUGAUUGCAAGUCCACGAAGGCCUUUCUUGAAGCAUGCACCGGCCGAGCACCGAGGCUUGCAUCUGAAGGCCUGAAGUGGGGUGACGAGGGUAGUGGCGUGGUCUAUGCACAGGUUACCGACAUUCAGAAAAUGGUGGUCGACGAGAUGAGGAACGGCAAGAAGAAAGAGCUGUUCCAGUGGUUGGAGGAUUGCUUCCUUCUUGUGGACGAAGCCGACCACGUCUUGAUUGAGCAGUCUGAAAACCAACUCUACAUCUCGAGCCCCUGUCGUGGUUUCCAAGCACUGGUCCCUUUGACCUUUUUGACAUUGGCUUACAUGGACUUCGACGCAGAUUUCCAGGAAGCCUUUGUCAAGGAUCCCAUGGCAAUCCCCGAAAAAAGUACUGCUCUGGCCAGCAAGUUGGUCGAGGAGUUGCGCAAGUUCGAGGGAAAGGGCAACCAUGGGCGCUGGCAACACAUGGCACCAGUGAAAGUUGACCAGGAGGCUUUCAUUGCCAGCUUGGCACCCGGAAGUUUGGGUGCGAGACUGAAGGUUGCUGGGAAAGAGUUCGUGAUUGAGAAUCAGGAGCAAAACGGCAUCAUCGUACCUCAAGUAGUAAUCGUGGACAUGGCAACCGGCACUGAAUCUGUGGGAACCAGGUGGACCUCCGAAGCGCCUGCCGUCGAGGCCCUGCAUGCGCUGCCGGUCGGAGGCUCUGAGCCGCUGGCGUUCUUCAACUCGAUUCCCACACUUGCUAGGAAAUACAGAUGGGUUGGUGGCACCACGGGCACCUUGGGUCAGAACCACUGCCUGGAGUUUUAUGCGAAAGUCUACAAUGCCAGAACGACUUUCCGCAUGCCGCGUAAUUCGCCGGGAUGUAUUUUCAUGCUGCCUCCAGUCAUCUCAACCACCGAAACAGAAUGGCUUCGGAACAUCCAGGAAUCGGCAGAGAGAUAUCUCAGCAACGAGCACGGCUUGGGUGUGUCUGGCCCAGUGCUCGUUAUCACAGAGAGCAUCCUCAGGGCGGAGCAAGUGGUGGACUACCUCAAGGCGGCAGGCUAUCCUAUCAUGAAAGCAGACAGCAGCAAUGGCGAAUUAGGAUGGUCGUACGAGAAGCUCAAUGGCAGGCUUAGAACUGGAAGUCAAGCACAUGUCUUCCCUUUCUUCAAGUCCGACCAUGCGGUGACGGAGAAGUUGCCAGACGCAUCCAUUGUUGUGGCCUCCAACAAGGGCGGUCGCGGCCUUGACUUGAAGCUUGACGGAAAGUGUCCUGCAGGUUGCUCCUUGGCGCAUCCACACGCGCCAGCCACCGACGGAGGCAGCGUACUGUUCGUCAUCCUCACAGAGGCCUUGAAUGAACGCCAAGAUGUCCAAGCUCGAGGGCGUUGCGGUCGCAGUGGAAAGCCUGGUGUGGUUCAGUAUCAACUGUUCGUGGAAGAUACGAUGCCGCCAAUGCCAGUUGGACACGUCGUGCAGGUGCAGAACAAAAAGGCAAAGGAUGAAUCCAACCAUCUUCGCUCAAAGUCGCUGCGUGUCGCAGACAUGGUCAAGGAUGGGCGCCUGCUUGAGAAGUUCGUUGACUGGAAAAUCACAUACAAGAGAAAGUUGUUCAACCUCCUGCUUCCAAGAGAAGGCAAAUUCAAACUUGAAGGUUCCUUCCUGCCUGAGCUGGAAUUCAAGAUGAACCGUUUUUUGGAGGAGCUCCUGGUAGAGAGGUGGGCUUAUUGGAGAACCAUGGGCGAGCCAUGGCGCAAGACGGAUGACACUGUCCACCAUUUCCAACAGAGGCAAGUUCUUGGAACUGUCACGAAGCUUGACUUCGGCGAUGGUGCGGGAGAGAGCAAGGUUCGUGCUUUUGCGACACGACUCUGGAACCUGGCGGCGCAGCUUCGCUUAGAUGCCGAGCAACUCAUGGCUCUUGCCUUACAGCUCCUCCCGCUCCAGGAGCAUGACACGAGCUUUGCCUGGAUCGCCCGUGAUCUGUUGCGGAAGGCCGCCUCAACAGCGGGUCCAUGGCCGCUGCAGGAUGGCGAGCACUGGCAGGCCGAAUGGACCGGCAAUGCCGCGCUGCUCCUGGCAAGAUUGCAGGUUGGGCUGGGCGGACACGAUGCGCACCAAGAGUUGCAAUCCAGCGUUUGUCGCUUGGAGCACUUGGCAAGUUCCCUCAAGCUGGGAGAUGACAAGUUCCACGACUUGGCGAGAAGGCAGGGGCACGCGUAUCCAAGUGUCGUCUUGCAACAGCACAAGCGUGUCCGCAAGUACGAAACAAAGUAUGGUGUCCAGCGCAAUGAGAUGCUGCGGCAGAUUCGUCACCGCAUUAGGAAGCUGGAGCAAGCCCAAUCCCAACCUGAGAUGCUUUCCUUGCAACAUCUGUCAUCGCUGGAGACCUCAUUACAAUCACGGUUAUACCUCCUCGGGUACACUUGGGCCACAACUGUGUUCGAGUUCAAUAUUGCCGAUGGCGAGCCGCUUGCAGCCAUGGAUGAGGACACCCACACCUGGUUGCAGGACAGGUCUGUAAGCGCAAGUAAGUAG